AUUAAUAAUUAAUCUAUACAUUUUUUACUCAUAAUCAUAUUUCAAAUUAUUUGUGCUACUUUUUUGCUGUCUACCUUAUAUCACGGCGGGUGACAGUAAAAUGGGCCUCCUGCCUGAGGAAAUAAAAAGAACAACAACCAAACAUGUAGUGGGGUAGUUGGGAGUCCACUGACUAAGCGGCUGAAUGUUCGAGUAAAAGAAAAGGGUAAAAAAGGUACACAUAUAUAUUAAUGUGGUCCAUAAAUAUAUUUUGAGAAUCUUUUAUAUUGAAAUAUUAUAAACUGUCAUUCGACAUUGAAUUGGUAAUGUCACUAAUCAGAAUCACUAAUGAUUAAUGAUGCAGUUGGUCGAUGACUGGUAUUCGUGGUGGUAUUGUUAGUUUAGUGCCUCUUUCAAAGUCACAGUAAAAUCAUAAAUUCACUGAGUGAAAGUUUGAUGGGACCUGACUUGAUAGGCGGUCUUAGUCCGUAAGUUGAUGAAAGUCCUCAGUUAAUUUGAGUACAUAUGACUGUGACUAUGCAUGGGCCAUGGUCAUGGGCAUGGGUACAUAAUUUUAUACAAUUUAUGAUUGACUAAUUUUGAUUUUGUUUAAACUUUGAUGUCAGAGCAUUUAUUACCCUAAAACUAAAAUAGUGUGUCCCCAUUCACUCCCCCUUUUUCCCCCACACAGCCCUGAGUGUGUUAAGGAAUUUUAAAACCAGUUUCAGUUAGAGAAAUUGUAUAAUUUUACCAGCCCAUCCAUUGCCUAAACAUAAUAUCACAAUAUAUAUGAGUAUGAGAGGGAGAAGGAAGUGCAAUACAUGUGCUGAUAUCUAAAACUCUCGCUCAAUAAUAAUCCUACUUUAAAAAGUUUUGAUAUUGGUGGAUUAAGGUUAUAAAUUUAUAUUGGAUUAACAAAUAAGUACCGGUAACUUAAUUUUUAAUAGUUAAAUUAAAAUUAAAUCCAUGCCCAUGCAGCCCCACCAGCUAAAUUUUGUGGGCCUCCAAAUAGAUCACAAACAAAUUGCUUUCUUCAUUCAUUAUAUACAGAAAUCUAUGAAAAGUUAUAUUAGAGAAAACAGAAAAGCUAAACAAACAUCGAAUCGUUUUAUUUACUUAUUUUAUUUUGCAUUUCAUUUUGUGCAUUAAGAAUAGAUAAAUUAUUCUAUAUAAUACAGCAUUUAUUAAUGUGCAAUCAAAGUGGUCCAUGCCUCAUUUUCCUUUGGGUUGGUCAUGUCUAAAUUAAAAAAUUAAAUGUCACUAUCUUACAUUUUAUAUCAUAGAGUAUUAUCUUUCUUUGAGAUUCUUCCAAACUACAUAGUGAUGCUUAAAAUGGAAUACUGUAAAGGGAGGGGGAGGCUGACAGGCACCAAAGGGGUCGUUUUUUUUUUCUGAAAGAGUUUUAGAAUCACUGGCCUAGAAUUUUAUAUCAGGAGUGAAUCAAAAGAAAAUCCUCCAUUUCUAACAUUAGUGCUGUCUGAGUCUGAUGAAAAUGGGUUGUUGCAAAGAGAACAAAUAAAGACUUCUCCAAUAACACUAGUGAAAUUUUGUUGUAUCAGGGACAACUGUAACUGAUCACUACUUACUUAUAAAAAUCAACUAUUUAUGGCCAACGCAGAGUCAAAUAAACAAUAUUAGGGAGGCAGACGAGCAGCUCUGUUUUUUUAAAAUUAAUUCAAGCCAAAGGCACACUCAAUGUCUAUAGGGGCCUUACAGUUGUAGUUCAAAAGGCCUACAAUUUGUACAAUACUACUCAGGUUUGCCCUGAGGUAGUGUCCCUUAAAAUAACUUACAUAUUUUUAAUCUUUAUAUUCCCUUUUUAAAGGCAAUUUUGUGAUCAUAAAUAUUUUCACAAUUGUAUUAUUAAUACAACCAUAAUUGAAUCUCAAAGCUCCAUUUCAAGGCAAAUAAUUUAUUAUUUUUAAUCUUGCAAUUAUUAUUUAAAAAUAUACAUCAAAAGUAGAAAUAUAAAUUCAUGUUUAAUUAGAUAAUUAUUUAGGUAUAUAAUUUUUGUUUAAUAUACAUCAAAAGUAGAAUUUUAAAUUCAUGUUUAAUUAGAUAAUUAUUUAGGUAUAUAAUUUUUUUUUAAUUAUUGCCAUACCAAACUUUUUUGGAGAUCAGUUCAUCUUUAUACAAAUUUGCACUAAAAAUAAAAUGUACUGUAAUUUAAUAUUACUAUUUAAUUUAAUAGCUUUUUAGUCUUUAGUCAAGGGGGCCAUCCAAACAGAAUGUACGCUCUGAGGGGUGGCCUAUUUAUGUCUAAUUCUAAUGUUGUAAACAUCUCACACAGUGGUAUGUAAUUGUUUUCAUCUUGUUGCUUUGUGUUUUCACAAGUAAACACGCUAAGAUAUCACAAAAGUAGCACGGAAGCAACAGUAUUAUUCAGUACACCAUCGCCUUUGAAGCCAUCAAAAAUGAUGUCAGGAGUUUAGGGGAGGUGGGGAGGGGGGGAAGAGAAGAAAUGGGGGACGAACCCCCCCCCUUUGUGAUGAAUAUUGUUUAAAGUGUGGUACAUGUAUCUAAUUUGUGUCAUAAAUUUGUGACAAAGAGGGGAGGGUGUACGCGUAUGGGUAAAAAUCUGCAGAAAUAGCGUGCCAUUAUUAAUGGGAUGGUCCGUUCGUAUGUUCAAUGUGCGUGACAUAUUUAGUUAUUUUUUUUGGCUUCAAGCUCUUGCAAAAUUUAUGUUUUCACCAGUCACACUAUAUCUAAUUCUAACAAAUGCACUUACUUCAAGAUAGCCAUUACGUUAUUAAUAACUAAAGGAUUACCCCUUUCACAUGGCCCUCCCCAAGGGCAAUGUGGCACUCCAGGGUGACGUGGCGCAUAUUUUGGAAACCAAUGGGCUCACCAGAUAGCUGUGAAAACCUGGGACAGAUUUUUUUUUUACUGUGAUGUCAUAAUUGUGUAUAAAUAAAUUGAUUUGUUAGGGUUUUUUGUGUUUGGGUGGGGGGGGGGAGGGUGUCAAAAGUUCAAUGUAUUUAUGGUUAGGGAGUGUAAAAAUGUAUGUGUGCAACGGGGAGGGGUAGAAAUUGGACUUUUUUGCAUACAUUCUGUAUGGAUGGCCCCUAGAUAAAUAUACCGGUAUGCAAUUAUAAUAUACAGUACAUUUUUAUUUUAUAUUUAGUGGUACCAUAAUAAAAUAUUCACCUUUCUUCCUACAGAGGUUACAAAUGUUGAAGUAUGGCAAUGAGAUGUCUUUGGAACUGCAAAUGUCUCCUGUUAACAAUGAUUCUCUGUGUUUUAACCUGUAAACGCAAAUUGAGCCGCUUAUGGAAAAAUGUUGUUUUAUACCGUUAUGGACUAGGCAUUUGUCUUUCGGUUCUGUUGCUUAUCUUGAAUAUCUUAACCUAUAAAUAUGGCUGCCAAGGUUUGAGAAAUCACAUCAACCCAGUUCAGCUUACACAUGGCUAUGCCCCAGUGUUCCCUCAUCACUAUUUUCACAAACCUUUAUUGUCGAAUGAAACAUAUGACUUAAAGAGAAGUUACUUUAAAAAGGAAACAGACAAACUAGAUAUUUAUUUACAUAGCUAUGUUGUUCAAGACAUUCUAACAACUGAAUUUGCUCCAGUUGUUCAUGUUAUCUGGUGUGAUGUAGGACCUUUUACUUUUGCACAUUUUUUAACAGUUCUUUCAACUUUCAAAGUGUUAAGCCCAUCAGUUUUGAAUCUGCAUAUAAUAAAAGAACCUGAUCUGGACCCUGAUGGUUAUUUCCAGUUUCUUCCCGAUUUAGAGAGGGAUCUUCCACCACUUGUAAAAAAGAUUUUAAUACAUCCAGAUGCAUGUUUUGGUAAUAAAGAGGAAAAAACCAUAGCUUAUAUGAAUAUAUUAGGUGCCACUGGUGGUUUUGCCAUAAAUGGACGAACAGUAAUUGCUCCAUCACCUGCACUGAAAAUAAUUCUUGGUCAUGAAAUAAAUAUUGCAACACAGGGAGAUGGAAAUGCUGAUCUUUUAUUUGUUGCAGCACACACUAAUGUGUUGGAGAACAUACCUAAUGAAGAAUCACUUACCACAUUCCUUCAGUCACAUGCUACAGAGUAUUUCAAAUGUGAGAGCGUGAGGUUAUUUUCAUUUGUAUCACAAAAUCUUUGUUCUUUUGUGCAUGAAGAUAUACUUCCAGUGAUCAUAUUUAAUGGUACAUCUGAUUUUGAUCAUCUCGCAAGAUGGAUUGCCUAUGGCUCUUCAAAGAAACUGAUUUCUAUGCCAGCUGACAGAGUAAUAGUUCCUAACAUUGUACACUAUGUCUGGUUAGGACAACGUGAGCUUGACUUUUUUUCAUAUCUUAGUUUACUUAGUAGUCUACAUGUUCUCCAAGCUGACAGUGUUUACAUCCAUGGAGAUUACAAACCUUUAGGUGAACUCUGGGAACAAGCAAGAAGAGACCCUCGAGUUAAGUUCAUCAACCGUGAUUUUCCUGCCUCUGUCUAUGGUGAACCAAUUAAGUUGUAUAAAUCACAUGCCAGCGAUUAUCUUCGUGCAGAUAUACUUUUACGUUAUGGAGGCAUUUAUGCAGAUUGGGAUGUCAUAUUCUUACAAGAAAUACCACUUUCUGUAAGACUCCAUAGCACAACAGCAAAUGUGGAUUGGCCAGAAACAGGUGCUUUUCCAGAUGUAUUUAAUCUUGGUGUGUUGGUGUCAGCACCUGGAGCUCCAUACUUAAGACAUUUUCUAGAAUCUUAUAGAUGGUAUUUGGAUAAACAUUGGUCUUACAAUGCAAUUCACAUACCAUAUAAAGUAUAUGAAAAGAAACCUCAAUCAUUGAAUAUAAACAGACAUUUGCAGGUAAAUAUGCUAUUUGAUACUAUAAAAAAAUUUACCAAUUACCAGCAUUUGUUCUGGUGAAUCACAUAAACAUCAGACCAUAUUGUCAAGGAUUAUUUUUGGGGUGUAGGAAUGAACAUCCAUUUUAGAAACCGCUGGUUUAAAUGACUAUUAUUAUCAAAAUGAAUUAGUCAUGCAUACUAGUUGUACCCUUUUUCCCAUUAAAAUGUAAGGGGUUGUUCGCAAAUUACGUCAUGCUCAGGGUGGAGGGGGGGGAUUGAGAAUUUGUGACACUCUAACAGCAAAAACUGUUGUGGCCGUUUUACAUGCGGCUUGGGGAGGACUUUGUUGUUUUGCAUUUUACAUCACAGUUUUCUAAUAAUACUUAAUACUACAUCUUAAUCCAUUAUGGGAAAAUGUUAAAGAAUAAAAUCGUAAUUUAGUUAUGAAAAUUUUAUGUAUGCUUUAAAAUUUUUUAGGCGUGUCAUGACACGGGGGGGGGGGGGGGGGGGGGGGUAAAGAAUUUGUGACACUUUGUGACGGGGGAGAAGGGGUCUGAAGAGGUCAUUUUUUUUUGCUUGACGUAAUUUGCGAACAACCCCUAAGGAAGUCUGCAUUACUAAGGAUUUACAUUGCAUAAAAAAAUUCCUGGUUAUUUUAAUAGAAAAUGGUAUGUUAUAAGUUUUAAGAAUGCAACUUCUUUGUCUUAGCAAUUAAUUUAUUUGUGUAUGUUUACUUUUUUAUUUUCAGAUAUUAUGUGCACAAAAUGUAUGUCACGCACCCUGGCUUCACGACUACAAACAAGAGACUGCUGACCAUUUAAAUAGACAAAAAUUAAAUUGGAAUAAAGAUGCCCUUGCAAUACACUGGACUUACCCAGAUCCUGAUGAGUUUAAAAGCAAAGAUAGUCUAAUCAAAUCAAAAACUAUCACAGGAGAAAUUGGAAAAUUUGUUUUGAAAAGGGCUAACCUAAUUUCUUAGGUUUAAAAUUUUAAUACAACUCUUGCAAUGCAUUUUUUUAAAAAGCUAACUUUUGUUGCAAAAUUCUGGCAACCAAAUUUUUAUAUGUAAUUCUUUUUUUAGUCACACAGAAAUAAUAGAAUGAUUGUAUAAAAAGAAAAGUAGAUAUCAAGUUAUCAAGGUAAUUCAGUAUUAUUGAGGUACCGGUAAAUGGAAAAUACUGAUAUUGUCUAAAAUUGAUGAUUUAAAUAUUACCAAAACAAACAACUUUGACUAUUUUAGUUUUAUUUAGUUCCCAUAUUUUUCUAGAGAAUUUUAACCUUAAACUUAGAUGAUUUAGUAAGCAUCUUUCCAACAUUUACUGAACAACAUUCAGAAUACUGGUACCAUUGUUUUGGGGUUCUAAUAUUGAUAUUUUACAGUUUUUUUACUAUUUGUUUGGGUUUUUUUUGUGCCAGGUAAAGUGUAAAUCUAUUGAUGCAAGUUUUAUUUUGAGAUAUAAUAUGUCAUUAAGUAGGAAAUAACUUUCAGCACAGCCAAUUGUAAGUUGGUGUCUCAAGUAAGAUGUGACAAGUGAGUUGCAUUAAAAAAAAAAAAUUAAAUUAGCAGGAUAUUAUUUGGAGCUAGGGUUUCAUUUAAAAUUAUUCAAGGAAAUUUUAAGUUAAAAUUAAUAUAUCUAUAUCUCAUCGUUUUAAUUGAUAAUUAAAAUUAAAUACUUUAUUUUAUACAUUGUAAUUUUCACAUUCAAUCCAGGUAUAAAAUAAAUUGAUACGUUAACAGUGGCAGAUUCAGUUACUUGUACCUUGGUUAUAGUAGUAUUCUUCUAUAUAUUAAGUGCCCACGAUCAAUUUAUUGAUCAUUGUGAAUUAUAAUACAAUUUUAAAAUCAAAACUAAUUUUAGAAAGACAUUCAGUAAUUAAAGAAUGCUAUAUAAAAACAUUUUACUAAAAUUUGAUUGAUUAAUUCACACACUAAGAAGCACUAAAAGGUGUUAAUAAAUUGUUAAAAUUCACUUAAGAACACAAAGUGAAUAAAUUUUUUUAUCUUAAAUAACUUUAAUUUAUUUUUGUGUCUUUUUUUUAAUGGAAGAUUUGAUCAUCAAUUAUAUAAUAUGGGCAAUUAAUGAAAUGAAAUUCACAAAUGAGUUAAAAUGACAAUGACUUGCAAAUAUAAAACCUGAACAAAAUCAUAUGUGAGAUGCAUAUUUUACAAUUAAUUACAGUUCUGCACCUCUGAAUACAACAUAAAAACCAGAUAUUCUCUAAUGACUGGUUAAAAAUUAAAAGCGCAACAAUGAACAACCAAGAACACAAUUUUAAUAAACAAGACAUUGAUACAAGUUCUGACAAAUAUAACAUAAAAUAACACAUUAAAUUGAGCAGACCUGCUGGUUAUGAAAUUUUGUAGUAAAAGGGCAUUUAAUCAGUAGUUAGAACAAUCAAUAACAGUACUUAACCAUGUUACUGAGAGCAACCACUUGUCAUAGAAAAUUGAAUUAAAUUAUAACGGGUGGUGGGGGGUGGUGGUGAACAAAUAACCAAGUAUAUACUGUUAAGUGCUUCACCUAUAAUCUGUUUAACUUACCUACAUUUAACAUUUCAGAAUAAUAUAUAAAUGAAAGAUUUAUAAAAAUUUGUCCCUUUAAAACGUUCAGUAGCCUUAAUACCAUAUUUCUUCUGAAAGAAACUGUCCUACAUAAAUUAUUAUGGCAAAUGAACAUUUUUUUAAUAGAUCCUCUCAAACUGCACCUGUUCAAGGGCAACAGAUAUUCAAUACAUUCUUUUCAUGCCAAGAUUUUAUAGUUUUAAAAAAACCUGACAAAUAUAAUUUAUUACUUUCUUUAGAAAUCAUGCUGAUGAGCUAUUAUCAAGAAAGGAAUUUUUUUUUUAAAUUUCGUUAAUACAUUGCCAUAAUCACAGGUCUAAGAUGAAGAAAAAAUAAUAGAAUAACAGCAGUUCUUUGCCUAGAGCCACUUUUGCCUUUAUUUACAAGUCACUUUAUAUACAGAUAUAAUUUGGUUUUUAUUUUUUGUUGUCUAAAAUAUUUUAGUGACAUUUUAUUUUUAAUUUAACAGUAACCUCUACCUUUCUUUAAAAAUAUAAAUAUUUUUUCCCAAGGUAAAAAUUGAUAUUGGAAAAGGAGCUUCACUGCUUUUAUUUAUUCAUUAUAUAUUCUUAACAUCCUAAAUCAGACCCAAAAAAAUGUUAUCAAUAUAUAUAUGUAUAAUAAUUAUAUAUACCGGUAUAUCAAAAUUAUAUUUCUAAAUAAAACAAAGUCAUCUUGAUAGAAGAAAGGCCGAGUAAAGUAGAUGCUAGUAUUAAAAUCUUUCACCCGUUUAACUUCAUUUAGCAUGUCCCAUAAAGAAAACAAAAAAAGCUUUACAUGAAGAUCUUCAAAUUUCAGUAAUAGAUCUGUAUUUUAGAAUCAAGGUCACCAUAUCUUUAUGUAUGAAAGUUUAACAAAAUUUGUUAACUUAUUUUUAAAUAAAACUCAUGGACACAUUUCAAGUCUUUGAGUUUGAGUGAUAUAUUAUCUAAUAAUAAGGCUUACUGGCAUGUACAGGAUCAUCCAAGUUUAACAAUGUUGUCCUGGCUGGUUUAAUAUUCUCCACAUUGUUAAUAUCAGAAUUUGUUGGGUAUCAAAUUCCACAUUUAAUUGUAAGCUAAAAUUCAAAGUGUUAAGACAGUCAUGUUCUAAGCUUUUACAUUUAUUCUUUGUGACUAUAAUAAAUUACCCAUUAGGGGCUAUACAUAUAGUACUUAUAUUAAAAGUCAAAUUUAACACCCCCCCCCCAACGCGUUUUUAGACCCCCAUGCCUACAAUUAAUUAUUAAGCCUUUUGACCCCACUUCCCCAAAUAAUUAUGACAUCACAGUUAAAAUUAUGUCAAUCAACCUUGGGGUGCCACAGUGCCCUCAUGCCAGACCAAAAGAAAGGAGGUUCUCAUCCCAGGUGCCAAAUAUAGGAACAUAAUAGUUAUUGAAACUAUGAAAUCCCAUGUACUUCACAACCUGGGGCGCCAAA